AUGCUGGUUCUUCGCUGGAUUCUCUUCGUUGUCUGUCAAAUAUUGCCUGUUGUAUGGUGCCAAAACUUUUAUGAUAAUGAUCCCAACAUCAUUGAAUUAACGCCUAGGAAUUUUGACAAGGUGAUUCACAGAACCAACUAUACAUCCGUUGUUGAGUUCUAUGCGCCAUGGUGUGGCCACUGUAAGCAGCUGAAAAAUACGAUGAAAAAAGUCGCAAAGAGUUUGGAUGGGGUUGUGCAAGUUGCAACUGUCAAUUGUGAUUUGGCAAAGAAUAAGCAGCUAUGUGCGCAACAUAAGAUUGAAGGUUUCCCUACAAUACUUAUCUUCAGGCCCCCAAAGAUUGAUAUUACUACAUCUAAACCUCAACAUUUGCCAAGAACACAUGCUUUUGAAGUUUAUAUGGGCAAGCGAAAAUUGGCAGCGAUUGCUGAUUUUGCAUUGUCUAGAAUGAAAAGCUAUGUGAAAAAACUAUUUGGGCUUACAAAACUUGAAUCUGUUCUUAAAAGUUCUCCAAGAAAGAAAAUUCUCUUGUUUUCAAGCAGGGGAGAUGUAUCGCCAACUUUCAAGAGCAUUGCAUUAGAUUGGCUCUUCGAGUUUGACUGUUUUACUGUUCAAAACGAAAAGUUGGCCCCACUUACAGACUCUGUGGAACUCCAAGACUCUUUUCCAGAAAUUUAUAAGUCUCUCCAGUCAUUAAUUCCUACUCAAAGGAAGAGCAAGACGAGUAUGCUUGUUGUUAUCGACCCUAAUGAUGAUAAAAUGUACGUCUACGAAGGCGAAUCUGUUUCAAAAACUGAAAUAGCUAAGUUCCUGUACGAAGAAUUUGAAGUAAAGCCAAGAGAAGGUCCUCUAAGUGAGCGUGCUAACUACCUGGAGGCUCUGAAGAAGGGCGACAAGAAGAAGACUCGCGCAGAAGGGAAGCCAAAGUCUGCUAAGAAAAUAGUGAAUGAUGAAUUGUAA